UCGCAUCAAGUCUCCUCAAAAUAGUGGACAUGCAAACUACUCAGACGCGAUCGAAUGCGAUCAAAAUCAUUGCAGUGCAAGGCACAAACAUUAGUACGAACGUUUUACAAGGUUUUGUGUACUCGCAAGAGUGAUGCAUGAUUUUUAAAGGUCGUAAGAUGAAUUGCAGUUGUUAAUGCGAGUAUUGUGCUGCGACCAUGAGACUGUUGCUCAACAUGUUUCAUAGUGGCAGGUUACAUGUAAAUAACAAACAAUAUUUUACAGUUGCAAAUGUGUAUCAGUAGGAAGAAUUAGAUUGAAGGCCUGUGGAGUCAACUCUAGAGUGCUUAUAUCCUAUAGUUUUAUAGAUUAUAUGAUCAAAAUUACACUCAUUCAUACUCAGGAUUACUCACCAACACGACUGCAUAUUCGGAUUUACAAGUUUACAAGUGGAUUUUUUAACACGAUUACCCUCCAUAUAUAUGUGUGCGCAGUGCAGAGAGAAGCCAUGUUUAAAGUCCGAGAAAAACGUUGUUCGUUUAACCAAACUGUAUAUGAGAAGGAUAGAGAUUCCUUCAACUGUCAGAGUUCUAUCAAUGUCUAUCAUUGCAUACAGAAUGAGAGGAACAGGUCAGGGGAAAUAUGUAUCCAGCCUGUAUGGGUCCAACCAAAUUACUGCCCAGAAUACAACACCGGGGCCAACACCCUCGACACAGUUCCAUGUAAUGAGUCCAUCACUGGAUCGUGUCCACACGCAUUAUUUCUGUCCAAUGAAGUCUAUAAGUAUCCAGUAUGCUUGAGUAAAACGUUUACUGAUAGUAAAGAUGUUUCAAAAGAAAAUGACCCCUUGACACCGGAGAUCUACAUAGGAGUUGCUGUUGGUGUCUCUUCGUUCAUUAUUCUCCUUGCAGCGUGUUUAAUAUUGUAUUAUUGCAGAAGAGGACAAUACAGAGAGGGAAAUGAAGAAAUUCCUUUUGACGAUUUCAACUUAGAGAAACCAUUCUAUAAAACAUCGGCCUUUUACGAAGGAGUGAAAUUUAUAAACAAUGAUGGAAAAAUUCUCUGUUUGGUAGGCCUAUGGGGAUCUGGGAAAAGGUCAACGGCUAAACAAAUAUACGUGGCUGUCACGAAUUCAUUACCGAUAAUAAUCGGCGAUCCUCUUACAUUUGACGUUACAGAACAUCAUGAACCAAUUAUCGUAGACAUGACACUUUCUAUAGAAAUAUCAGAGUCAAAAAAAGAAACCCUAGCAGAGAAAAUCCGUAUGUUAUUUGAAAACAUGUCCUCUUCAAACACACAUACAAAAGCUUUCAUCAUCUUUCUAAUUGAUGAAGAUCGAGCAAAUAUCGGUAAAUUUGUCAGAUCCCUUGGAAAGGAAACAAAAUUCAUAGAUCUAUCAAAGAGUUUAACAAAAGGAGAUCGGACUCAAAUGCUAUAUUCACAAUUUGAAACUUUCUAUCGGAAUAAAAACUUCAGUGAAGUUGAAAAACUGGCUAUUGAAAAAGGCAAUGACCAUUUAUUAGGAUACUCAGAAAUAUGUGCACUAUUUUGUAGAUGUACUUAUUUCCAAAACGUUGGUCCAGUGUUAUUUCGAAAUCGUCCUUUACAACAUUUAAAGUCGUAUUUACAAAAAAUGCACGAAUCUGAUGAAAAAGAACAGUUUCUAAUGUUGGUGUAUAUGAGUCUAAAUCAAAUGGAGAUAAACGUUAACAACCCAAACGACAAUCUCUUUGAAAUACUGGAGUCGUGCAAGUGUGUUCCAACUACAAAGGAGACAAAAAACAGCACAAAACAAACCGAAAUUACUGGAACUGAAGUAACACUAAAAACAAGUGUUACUGGGCAUGAAUCAUCCUCAGAAAAUAAGCCAAAAAAGCGCAUUAUGAGCAGAGAGAAUAUUAUUUCCUUGAUACCUAUGGAGUUUGUGAACAAGCUAAAGGUACAAGAGGCGUGUGUUUACAGAAUACAACAUGACGUAAUAAAGAGAAUGACGCUAAUUGUGUUUGGAACCUAUCACUUUGAUAAACUGCUUGAGUUAUCUGAGCCGGAGGAACUAAAGGAAUAUAUUAAAAAACAAAGCAAGACAGCUAUUGUCGCACAUUUAAGCGAAAUGAAACCUGUUUUAGAAAUUGGUGGAAAACAAUGGAGCCAAUACCAAGAAAAAUUAAAAUGAAGAUAAAAAAACUAAUCUUAUCAAAUAUUAAUCAAAUGAAUGUAAAUGUUAACACUGAAAACGGCUUUUUUUAAAUCAAAAGUGAACCGCUAGGGAGAUUAGAUUUUGAACAGAAACAUUGCACAUCUUUUGGUCAAUUGAUUUUAAUCAACUCUCUUAUGCAGUUACUUUAGCAAACCGGAAAUAAAACAGUGUUUUGGCCCAAGCACAAAAUAAUUACCACUCAUUAAAUUAAUCGGUAUAUACGAUGUUAUGUAUUCACAACAUUUUUUAUAUUACAUUAAUUUAUUGAUGCCUUCUUAUUGGUACGAACAAUAAGGAUAUAUUUUGUAGUUCGAUUAAAGCGAUAGCGUUUGAAAUCAAGGACAGGUUAUCCAAUCUAAAUAAAGAACCAGUACUUAAGUUUGCUAAAAUUGCUUUGAUUCACUUUUCCAAAAAUGUUUCGAUUACUUAUACAUAAUACAUCGUAAAGUUUGAUGGCGUUAAUUCUAUCUUUAUAUUACACAACGUGAUUCAUAUUGGAAUUUCCGUCUAUUGCUUGGAAUUCUUGUCAGAAAAACCAGGAAACUCAUAUUUGAAAACAAUAAUUAUUCAAAUAGAGCUAAGAAACUACUUGCUUUACGAAAUAACGUAUGUUGAUAUUGAAAUAGAUCAUCAUCAAAGAAAUCACCUUCUGUCAGUUCUUCAAUACUUUGGUUUCAAAAUGGUAAUUUCUGAACAGAACAACUAUUCGGGUUGAUUAUAAAGGAAAAGAUUAUUAAAUUCUACACUUAUUUAAAUCUUUAAAUGAGAUAAACUGUAAUUCACAAGAAAAAGCAAAGUAUUCCAUUAUACAUCUCAACUAAAAAAAACCUGAAUGUUUUUAAUUUGUUUUACUAUGUACCACUUCCAUUUAUGGAAUAAACAGUUGCAAUUUUUAAAAUGUUACUCAUCAAUGGAAACUUUUAAGUACAUGUAUGUUUUCUUUAGUGAAUGUGUCCAUUAAACAUAUCGGUGAUGGUCUGUAUUUUAUUUUAAUAGACGUUUUGUAUUAUUAAUAUACAUAUAUAUUACAUGUACUAUAUAUAAUUUUACUCAAAAGGAGUGUAUAUAUUCUUCUCUCAAACUACAUGUAUAUUCUGUCAAUUUCUUUAUAUCAUUACUGUAAAUACUUUUUUCAGGACUAUGAUGUAAAAUAUUUUGUAAACUAAUUUUGAAUUUUGCUACAUGUAUUCUGUUUCAAAGCAGAACAAUACAUACUAUGUUUCACAAAAUCGCCUCCACUGCCGCCACUUAAACCAAUUAUAUUAGUAAUUCCUAAUGAAAAAAUUAUAUUUUUUUUCAGAAAAUCAUUAAUUCAUAGUCUUCACUUUGGAGAAAAGGAAUUUAUCUGAACUUAAGUCCGACUGUAGAUGGUUAAUUUUUUUCAUACUUUAAAAACGGCGUGUCGACUUAUAAAGUAAGAAGAAAAUUAAACUAUCUACAGUCGGACUAAAGCAUUUCGCUACUAUUCGAUGAUUUAAGUUGAAGUAUAUUGUGAUAAUAAAGAUUACCUAAAAUUUCACUUCAUCCGGUUCAGUUAUAAUACCUUUCCUCCAAAGUGAACACAGUAUGAAUUAUUUACUAAAAUGCUAUUUAUGUUCCACUUUCUGUUAAUUAUCGUCCUUAUCUUGAUCAAACUCGUAUUGUACAUAUACGGAUAUAGCGAAAUCACUUUUGUAAAGUAUAUAUAUAUAUAUAUAUAUAUAUAUAUAUAUAUAUAUAUAUAUAUAUAUAUAUAUAUAUAUAUAUAUAUAUCUUGUUUAGGUGUUUCCUUCAAAUAAAUUCUUAUAAAAUCUGCCUUAGUACAGAAUAACAACUUAAUAUCUUUAUGCAUCAAACUAGUCUCCAAAUACCAAACGUGUUCGGAAAUAAUUGAGACAUUUAGUUUAUUUCCCUUGGAAGAAUGGAUUGAUACAUCCUUGACUAUUUACUAAACGGUAAACUAGAAUGCAUUUAUUUGAUGUGAAAAUUUUCUAGUCCAUGGCAUCAUUGGAUCAACCCUGGUAAGCUGAUGUUAACUUGCCUAGGUCCAGUGUCCCUAAUCAACUGCAAAACACCGGUUACCGUAAGGUCACUUUCACGCCUUUCAUUGCUCCUAUAUUUUGAACACCAUAUAAACGAAUGAAAUAUACAUGUAUUAAUAAAUCUUUAUUUCUCAUCUUUUGUUUUAAUGUAAGGAAUCCAGCAUUUCCUUUUUCUCCCUAUUCUUAAUUUUUUUUCUCAACAAAAUUUGAGUUAAUUACUACCGGAAAGUCAUAUUGGUGUGAAAAGCCUCUUGCCGUUUUAGACGGAGUCACGUGACCCUGUCUAUUAGUUUACUGUCUGUCGAUCAAAGUCUCAAACCGGAAGGCACGCGUAGAACACAUGAAUUGAGUCUACGUGUAAGAAAAGGGUGCAGAAAGUUUUCAUGCAUUUCAGUAAA